AUGUGGGAUAGGAACAGGAACAGAUGUGGGAUAGGCUGGGUUCUUCGGAAUGAUCAAGGUAAAGUGUUGUGGAUGGGAGCAAGGAAGUUACCAAUGUUACGCUCAUCCCUGGAGGUAGAGAUGGAAGCUUUGAGAUGGGCGGUGCUUAGGAUUUCAUGUUUCAGCUAUGAUAAUAUCAUUUUUGAAACAGAUUCCCAAGGCACACUUAAUGCCUUAAAUGAAGAUGGAGACUGGCCGGCAUACGCUUCAUUUAAUCAUGAUACUCGUCAACUCCUCUCUCAUUUCCGGCACUAUAAGGUUUUGUUAGAACAUUGCGAGUCGGCGCUCUCCAGAGGCGAUUUCAGGCGAUUUCCGUGUCCGACGCCGUUUGCUCCGCCGCUAUUCCUUUUCCGACCCGCUAUUCCGUUUCCGACGCCGUUUGCUCCGCCUCUGUUUGAUUACGCCGGUAAUAUCUCCGCCCUAUACCUCGCCCUAUACCCCUAG